CCGGUUACCCCUGAUUUAAUAUUAUGAUUAACCUACGCGUUUAAAUUAUGUAGAGUUUUUGUUAUAUUUGUCGUUUUUAGUGACCUAGAAUUUUUUUAAAUUUCAAUUUUGGUAAGUGUUAUGUUCGAGCCUGCUGACAAGACUGUUAAAGAUAGUAGUGGUGGACAUACACAUACACGUACAAGUCGGAAUUUUAGCACAGUUCUAUUGGCGCCAUUGAAUGAAUAUCGAACUUGGGUACAACCAUCUUAAGUAUGAGGUUACCCCUCUACCUACCCUACUAUUUUAGAAUUCUGUGGGAAAACUGAUCCCAUUGUAGUGGAAUUUUAAUUUGUUAUCUCCAUUUACAUUUCCUGCGUGCAUCUACUACCCACAUAGGAUGAUGUAAACAAGGUUGUAUGGAAUCGAUUAGUUGCGCGCGCAAGCUCUUCAGUCGUGUCGUGCUGCCACUGGCAGUAUUGCAAAAAUCGUCAGCUGGCUCAUAAUAACCAGGCAAGAUGCCGGGGGCCCGACACAAAAUCUUGGGGCAUGUGCUCUCGGGGUUCUGCCACAAGAUGAAUCGCCGUAAGCCCCUGCACGGGGACUCUUUGGACACACCGCUCAACCGCUGCCUCACCACAUUCGACAUAACUCUUCUUGGUGUCGGGCACAUGGUGGGCGCAGGCAUAUACGUGCUGACGGGCACCGUCGCCCGUCACAUGGCGGGCCCGGCCACUGCUCUCAGCUUCCUCCUGGCUGGCGUGACCUCCACACUGGCAGCGCUGUGCUACGCAGAGUUUGGAACCAGAAUCCCGAGAGCUGGUAGCGCUUACGCGUACACCUACGUCAGCAUCGGAGAGUUUUGGGCCUUCAUCAUUGGGUGGAACAUCGUUCUGGAAUAUAUGAUAGGUGCUGCCUCUGUUGCGAGGGCGUGGUCUGGUUAUUUAGAUGCAAUGCUGGACGGUGCUAUAAGUAAUGCGACAAUAUCGAUAACUGGAGAACUUCACGAGACACUUCUCAGCAGAUACCCAGAUGUUUUAGCAUUUCUUAUAUGCAUUGUAGCUUCAUUGAUAUUAGCUGUCGGAGUCAAAACGUCGGCCUACAUAAAUAAUGGCCUCACAAUUCUCAAUCUUUUAGUGAUAUCGCUUGUUAUAUUUUUAGGUUUCUAUUACGCUGAUAUUAGCAAUUGGUCUCCGAAGAACGGUGGUUUCAUGCCGUAUGGGUUUAGUGGAGUCUUAGCAGGAGCUGCUACUUGUUUUUACGCCUUUGUCGGUUUCGAUAGUAUUUCUGCUUCGAGCGAGGAGGCAAAAGAUCCAUCCCGAUCUAUUCCGAUCGCCACUAUUCUCUCCAUGGCGGUCGUGGCGUUUGGGUACAUUCUGGUUGCCAUAGCUCUAACAUUGAUGGUACCCUAUAAGAGUAUCAAUCCUGAGGCUGCCUUGCCAGCAGCUCUAGGGGCAGUCCACGCUGAUUGGGCGAAGUAUGCCGUCGCCGUCGGUGCAGUUUGUGGUAUGACCACCACGUUACUGGGAUCACUGUUUGCUUUACCAAGAUGUUUGUAUGCCAUGUCAGCCGAUGGGUUGCUCUUUGGAUUUCUUAGUGACGUUAACAACAAGUCCCAAAUUCCCAUUUCUAAUCUUAUCAUCUCUGGAUUCUCAUCUGCUAUCAUUGCUUUAUUGUUCGACUUGGAGAAGUUGGUAGAGUUCAUGUCAAUAGGAACAUUGCUGGCUUAUACGAUUGUUAGCGCUGCCGUCAUAAUAUUGCGGUACCGGCCUAUUCCUUCGGUAGAUGACAAAAGCUUUGGCGUGCCUCAGCUGGACUCGCCAAUCGAUCGCGAGGAUAGCUCAGCUACUGGCACCCCAGCAACCGAUGGAGGAUCAUCAUCAUCUGAGAUGUUCGAAGCGCUUACUGUGGGGCGUCUGCGGCCCCAAUACGCGUGGCUCGAGCCUUUGGCCGGUGGCCGAGCCCCGGGGGCGGCGGUGUCGGGCUGCGUGUACACGUUUACAGCCGCGGCCGCCGCUCUGUGCGCCCACAACCACUUCUUGGCUGAACCCGCGGGUCUCUGGGCCCUGUUGCCAGACUUCGUGCUUUACCUGAUCAUUAUCGCUUGCCUGGUAAUCAUCAAAGCCCACCAGCAGAGCCCGACGCGCUUGCCGUUCCGCGUGCCAUGGGUGCCUUUCCUGCCGGCUGCCAGCGUUCUUCUUAACGUCGAGCUGAUGGUCAACCUGGGCGCUCUGACUUGGGCGCGGUUCGCUAUUUGGAUGACAUUCGGCCUGCUCUUGUAUUUCCUAUACGGCAUCCACCACAGCAAGCUAGGCGAGGGUGUGACCGGUCUACUCUCCCGAUCAGGCAGCGGCGGCGGCCACAGCGGUGGUUGGGGAGCAGUUGAGAAGACCAGCGCCCUCGCCCGUAGAGUCGGUCGCUUGGGUCGCGCUAGCAAGAGCGACGACCGCAAACCCAUCAUAUGCGACGAGGAACUCGACAGGCGGGACCCGUGAUUCUAAACCCAGGUGAUAGGUGUACCGCUUUGUGUAAACUGCCUUUUGUAUGACGUUUCUUUGAAGCCUGCGAUACAUUAUGGCCAACAUACUCUUGUAGGCAUUUUACAAAAAAGGGUUAAAACUAACAACGAGUUUGAUUAUGCGUCUAGUGAUGUGCAUGAAACAUUUGAUCCUAUUUAGGCAUAACGAAUCAUAUUGGAUAAAUCAUAGCCCCUACUAGUGUAUCGUAGGCUGAAUGAAAACUUUUAUCAUUUACGUAUCCAAUUUAUAAGGGCUGCACAGCGUUUAUCCGAAAAUUACUUGCGGCUAUAGCUUUCGAUGCGCAUAAGAUGAGGUUGCCAAAAACUUUUUGUAGGUUUGUCAGACGAAUAAGGAUAACUCCUUGUUCAGAUUUAGGGAGUUUUAUGUGUUCUUGUAAUAACACCAGUGUGUUUUAAAAAUAAACUGCCGUAUGUAUGUUCCUACAGUGUUCAUUGCAAGUAAUAUUUAAUCGCGUUUUAGUAAAUUAUUUUUAAACAUCGACUCUACCGACACAGUUUGAGAAAAUAAUGGCAAUAUAAAAUAACAGAGCAAUAAAUAGAUUUAUUACUUAUUCGUUUGUGUAUGAAUUAUCUAUCGGAACUUAAACAAAUGAUAAAAUAGAUGCGGUAAUAAAUAACUGGUUUUGAUUUGAUUUAAUCUGUUUCAAAAAUAAGUCAAGUUUUAAGUAUAACUUGAAUAGAGCGAAAGCUGUUAACAUAUUUUCGCUUUAUUUCUGCUAGUAUUAUUAUUUUUAUGAAUUUAGUCUGUUUAUUUAUUCCUUCCACCAAAUUAUAACUAGCUAUCUCCUUAAAAGUUUAGUAAAGUAGAUAUAGGGCGUGUACUAAAAGCGGUAGAUCUACUAACUGACGAAGGCAUGAUCUAAUUAGGUACUGGCGACUUAACGCACGUGGUAAAUGAAACUUUUAAUAUUCGAGAUCUAGUCAUAUUUGAAUCUUUAU